AUGCGCGGCCCACGGACACGGCUACCGCCGUGUCUCGAGGCGCCGGCGGCCACGGUGGAGCUGGAGCAGGUGCUCUCUAAACGCCCGGACGGACGAGCCAAGUGGCUGGCGAAAGCCUUGGUCCAGGCCUCCGAUGGGCGGAUGGAUUCUCAGAGCUUGUACAGCGUGGUGGCGCACAACCGCUUCAUCGAGGACCUCACCGAGAAGUCGGGGAAGAAGAUGUACCGGGCCUUGCACGCGAACCUUCACGUCUUCUCCUCCAGACAGAGGAAGUUCUUGGAGAAGGCUUGA